UCUAUAUUUUGAGGCGUCAACAAAGGCGAAGCAAUUUCUUCAGAAAAAAAAAAUGGGACAAGUGCAGAGCGAAGCCAUUGAUAAUCAAUCGAAAUCUACCUCUGCUGCUGAUGAUUCUCAGCCGCGUUCUCUUGAUUCUUUGAUUGCUGAAGCUGCAGCAUAUGGUGAAGAUGGUGAGAAUGAGUCCAUUGACGAGAAAGCUCGGAAAGCUCUAGAAUGCCCUUGCAUUGCUCAUUUGCGUGCUGGCCCUUGCGGCAACCAGUUCUCAGACGCUUUCCUCUGUUUCCUCAAGAGCACAGCUGAAGAAAAGGGCUCUGACUGUGUUAGUCCCUUUGUCGCUCUUCAAAGCUGCAUCAAGGCAAAUCCUAAUGCAUUUUCAAAGGACGUCCUGGACGAGGAUGAUGAUGUCAGGAAACAAGAUGAAGUCAAGACAGAGGAAACACCAAAACAAGAAUACAGAAUCAUCCCUCCUAUUUGGUCUGUAGAAUCAAAGAAGACUAAGCGUACUAAGCUCUAGAAGGCUGAUCGUUAGCCUUCGUUCUUUUGUCCUUCCAUUCUUGGAAACCCUGGUGGCACAAUACUAAUUACUACUACACUUACUAGCAGAGUAUUGCCAGAAAAAUCUUUUCCCUUGUGAUUUACAUGAUCAAAACUUUUGAAGUUUAUUAGUCUGGAACUGUAGACACUAGGCCAAAGCUUCUAGGAAAAGCUUAGAUUGGUUCAAAUUUUCAUGUUAUUACCAACUUUUCAGUGUUAUGGAUUGUUAUUUCAUGGAAAAUU